AAAUGAACUAGUCUGAAACACAAUGAUGAACCACUUUUAGCAACACAUACAUACAACGACGAAAACAGAGUAAAAAUAAAAGAAAAAACGGAGGAGGAACAGUUAGCGCCAUCCAUGGCGGGUCUUCAGAGAUCCACCAUCUCUUUCCGGCGACAGGGCUCUUCGGGUAUAGUCUGGGACGAUCGUCUCAUCGCCGAGCUAAGCAAACAAGCGGCCAACGACCAGCAAGGCGAAACUCUACAACAGGACGAACAUGCCAAGCUGAUUACAUCGGAAGGACAGGAUCAGCCAGCCAAACCCAUCGCCGGAGACGGACUCAAGCCUAUCAGAACUGACGGAGGCGCCGGUGGUAUGGAGAGGAGUCGAUCCAACGGAGGAGGAGCCAUCCGACACCAUAGAAACACAGGGAGAGUGUCUCCGGCGGUGGACCCGCCGUCGCCGAGACUGUCGGCGUUUGGGUGUUGCUCAGCCUUCGGGAAGAAGCAGCCGGGGAAGAAGGUUAAUCAGAGGAAAAGGCAAACGAAGCUGGUGGCCUCCUCACUCGCUCUGACCGCAAACGCGAAUUCGUUCGAAUCGCUCCUCCAGCUCCCGCGAAGACAGUCGCGCUCGACCCGACCCAGAUCCGAACGGCUCCUCCACGUCGGCAAAUUUGGUGCCAAAGGCAAUGGCUUCACCGACGACACUAAAGCGUUUGCAGAUGCUUGGAAGACAGCUUGUUCUUCCAAAGUCAAAACCAGAAUCUUGGUGCCUGAAAACUACACCUGUCUCCUCCGGCCCAUUGAUCUUUCUGGACCUUGUAAAGCAAGACUCACACUCCAGAUCUCUGGUACAAUCAUUGCUCCCAAUGAUCCAGAUGCUUGGGAAGGUCUAAACCGCCGCAAAUGGCUGUAUUUCCAUGGUUUGAGCCGCUUGACGGUUGAAGGAGGUGGCACUGUUAAUGGAAUGGGGCAAGAAUGGUGGACAAGAUCUUGCAAACACAACCAUUCCAACCCUUGUCGAGGCGCUCCAACGGCCAUAACAUUCCACAAGUGCAAGAAUAUGAGAGUUGAAAACCUCAAUGUGAUUGAUAGCCAACAAAUGCACAUUGCCUUCACCAGCUGUCGCCGUGUGACUAUCUCUGCUGUAAAGGUCAUAGCUCCUGCUACUAGUCCAAAUACUGAUGGAAUUCACAUAAGCGUCUCCCGUGGUAUCGUGAUAGACAACACUACUGUCAGGACAGGAGAUGACUGUGUUUCGAUAGUUAAAAACUCUUCACAGAUCUCCAUCAGCAACAUUAUAUGUGGUCCUGGCCAUGGCAUAAGCAUUGGAAGCCUAGGAAAAUCAAAAUCCUGGGAAGAAGUUAGAGACAUAACGGUUGAUACGGCCUUCAUCUCUGACACUGCUAAUGGUGUUCGGAUCAAAACAUGGCAGGGAGGGAGUGGUUUGGUCUCAAAAAUUAUCUUUAGGAACAUCAAGAUGAACAAUGUGUCGAACCCCAUCAUCAUUGAUCAGUACUACUGCGAUUCUCGGAAGCCUUGUGCGAAUCAGACAUCAGCUGUUAGCAUUGAGAACAUCUCAUUUGUUCAUGUGCGGGGCACUUCAGCAUCAAAACAAGCAAUCAAGAUCUCUUGCAGCGAUAGUUCACCAUGUCGCAACAUACUUUUACAAGACAUUGAUCUAGAACCAUCAAACGGUGAUGGUUUCACUGAGUCCUUCUGUUGGGAAGCUUAUGGUUCUAGUUCGGGUCAAGUGUACCCUCCUCCUUGCCUUUCAGAUGACACGAUCUUUUUGGAACAGUCGGUUCAGUCCGGGAUCACAUCUGCAUACCUUUGAAUUCAUGGUUUCAGAUUGCAAAUCUGCCACGUUUUUAGUGGUGCACACGCCUAAUGUUUUUAAUAUAUGGUCACGAUUUGG